AUGACCUCCUCAAUGCUUCCACCCAGCGUCGCCAAAUCGAUUGAUGAUUCCAAGGCGGAGUACAGACGUCUGGGGAAUUCCGGUCUGUACAUUUCCGUUCCCAUCGUAGGAUGCAUGUCGAUUGGGAAUCCCCAAUGGGCGAAUUGGGUCCUGGGCGCCGAUGAUGCCUUGCCGUUGCUGAAAGCGGCAUAUGAUCGUGGGGUCAACACUUGGGAUACGGCAAAUAUCUACUCCAACGGCGACAGCGAGCGACUCAUAGGACGCGCCAUCAAAGAAUACGACAUACCGCGUGACAAGUUGGUGCUGAUGACCAAGGCAUGGGGAGUCACUGGCGAAGAACAGUUCGCGGCAUAUCCAAUUAUGGACCAGUUGAGGACCAGCAAAGAUUAUGUCAAUCAAUUUGCAGGCCUCUCACGCAAAGCCCUUGUCAGCGCCGUGGAUCGCGCACUUGAACGUCUAGGCACGACAUACAUCGACCUCUUCUGGAUCCAUCGCUUCGACCCAUACACACCGAUCGAAGAGACCAUGGAAACCUUACAUCAUCUUGUCGUCUCGGGCAAAAUCCGCUAUCUUGGCGCAUCUAGUAUGUGGACGUUUCAAUUCGCCAUGAUGCAAUUCUGCGCCGAGAAGAACGGGUGGACCAAAUUCGUCGCCAUGCAGAAUCACUAUAGUCUCCUCUACAGGGAAGAAGAGAGAGAAAUGAACAAGUACUGCGCCCUCACCGGCGUAGGCAUCUGUCCUUGGGGCCCUUUAGCGCAGGGACAACUUGCCCGUCCUCUCAGUGUCCGUGGCAGCACUAAACGAUCUGCGAGCGGCGAUGGAGAUCCGUCCAACACGCGCGACGAGGCUCUAGAGAUCAUUCGACGCGUGGAGCAGCUGGCCGAGAAGAAGGGCUGGACCAUGAGUCAGGUGACAUUGGCUUGGACCCUAAAGAGAGUCACCAGCCCGGUCAUUGGGUUCAGUACGGUGCAGCGAAUUGAAGACGCAUUGACCGCGAGGGGCAAGAUGCUGACUCCCGAAGAAGAAGCGUUCUUGGAGGAGCCGUACACACCCUUGAACAUAGAAGGCCACUUCUAA